GCCGGUCGUGUGGACGGAUACCGAGCACCGGAGGACGCAGGAGGAGUGUCCGGACUGACGGUGCUUCCUGGACGGAUAAAACUCAGGGACUGGGGGGGGGGACCCGCUCGGUUUGUGGAUACACGCAGCGGCGGCGGCGGCGGCGGCAGGAGCCCCGGAGCACGGCGAGUGUGUGAGCGGUUCGGCGGCUAACGAAACAUGAACAAAAACCACCGAGUGCAGAGCAGCCGAUCUCUCAGUGCCGUGGAGGUGAAGAGCAAGUUUGGUGCAGAGUUCCGUCGGUUCUCGCUGGAUCGGUCGAAGCCGGGCCGCUUCGAUGAGUUCUACGGCCUCCUGCAGCACGUGCAUCGCAUCCCCAACGUGGAGUUGCUGGUGGGCUACGCCGACGUGCACGGCGACCUGCUGCCCAUCAACAAUGACGACAACUACCACAAGGCCAUCUCCACCGCCAGCCCCCUGCUCAGGCUGUUCCUGCAGAGGAAAGAGGAGGCAGAUUACACGACAUUCGGUACCGACUCACUGACCAGGAAGAAGAACACGGGGCUCUCGGCGGUUCUUCUGCGACCCGACACCAACCGGAAAAAGCCGCCGGUGAUCAUCAGCCUCCCGAAAGACUUCCGGCCCGUCUCCUCCAUCAUCGACGUGGACAUCCUGCCUGAGACGCACCGACGUGUUCGCCUCUACAAGCACGGCCAGGAGAAACCGUUGGGCUUCUACAUCCGCGACGGCUCCAGCGUUCGGGUCACUCCGCAGGGCCUGGAGAAGCUCCCGGGAAUUUUCAUCUCCCGCAUGGUUCCUGGCGGGCUCGCCGAGAGCACCGGCCUGCUGGCGGUCAACGACGAGGUGCUGGAGGUGAACGGUAUCGAGGUGGCUGGGAAGUCUCUGGACCAGGUGACGGACAUGAUGAUCGCCAACAGCCACAACCUCAUCAUCACCGUCAAGCCUGCCAACCAGCGGAACAAUGUUGUUCGCAGCGGGGCAGGAGGAGGAGGAGGAGGAGGAGGAGGCGGCGCGGCGUCUGGUAGUUCGGGUCGGUCGUCAGACAGUGGCGCCAGCUACUACGGCUACUCGUCGCAAGCCGCCGCGCCCUCAAUGCCGACGCACAUCAUCCAGAACUUCCCGGUCGGGGAGCUGGACAGCGACGAGGACGACGAGGACCUGGUGAUCGAGGCGGGAGGCGAGGCCGAGCCCAUCAGGCGAGCCCCGUCCAACUACAGCAUGCCCUCGAUGCCUCACUACGAGCCUCACCUCAACCUCCGAGCCACCACCACCUCCGCCUCCGCCUCCGCCCUCUCCAUCAACGCCAACGGGACCCUGCCGACCAGCGGCAGCAGCGGGUCGCUCAGCAACACCAACGCCACUUCCGCCACGUCGUCACCGGACAGGGCGAUGGAGAGGCGGAGUCUGGAGGAGGACGGUACCGUUAUAACGCUGUAGACCGAGCGUUCACACACUAAACACUGGAACCAGAGACGGACAAACAUUCAGAAACUUCCACACACACUCGGGGGGGGGAGUGACGGACCAGCAACAUCCAACUCCACUACACUGCGACUGUACCUGAGAAGCACAAAGAUACGUGUACAUAUGAAAUCUGAACACCUACAUGUUUGUACAUCCAAACAUUUACACCACGCUUUGCUCCUCUACAUGCCAAUGAUCACGCAUGUGUGCCAUAGUCUGAUCCCCCCCAAGUCCAUCAGACCUGCAGACACAAACAUGUCAAAGAAAGAACUCAGAUUUGAUGCCCAGAGUUUUACUUCUAAACAGGGAUCGACUGAUAUGGCUGAUAGUUGUGGACCCAAAUACCUUAACUGUUGUAUUUUGCCACCACAUAAUGACAAGAAACCUGUCAUUUCUAACGAGGCUUCUUCAUUAAUAAGAACUACUAUAGCUGAAUAUGUACACGAGCAAUAGGAGUGAUGAUGUCAGAGCGUCUCAGGAGCUCAGGACUUUCUCCUCUGUUUACUGAUUGAUUGAUUGAUUGAGAUUGAACAUUUUGCCUCCUGCUCUUCUUCUCUGUUUUCCUAAUCUGUCAAAGUUUUAUCACUUUUAUCACCCGCUAAGGCCCACAUAAGGCAUUAUUUAUUACUAUUUUAAAGACACUGUUUCUGUGGCGUCUGACUAACUUAGCCGUUAGCCGUUAGCGUAGCUUUAGCCACUGUGAAAGCAGCUCACUUCCUGGUUGGCUGACUUCCUGUGGCGUGGGCUGUGUCUCCUGUUCAGUUGUUGCAGACGGUGUGUCUGAUAGAGAGACUUUGCUGAGACGGACGAAUGUGCUCGUCUGUCUCUGUGUGUAAACAAUGGCUUCCAGUGAUUGGCUGUUUUUGGUGACCAAUCAGACAGUGACCACACAGAGAGGCAGCUGCAUCAGACCCAAAUUAGCAACUUUAAAUUUAAAUUAUCUAUAACUGGUUUAUAACAAUAAUAAUCGAACAAAUGCCAAAUAUCAGCCGGCUGAUAAUCAACCAGGCUGAUCUUCGGUCGAUCCCUGUUUCUGAACCACUAAAGGCACUCGAGCUUCUUUCAGAGGGGAGACAUGAGACCCCCGUCACUUCUCAUAUGUCGUAUGAAUAACAAAUGCACUCUGAAGCAAGAUUUGUUUUUAGCUCAAGCAUUUGUCGACAGUCUGCGGUUGCUUUUUCACGCUAUAGUCGCACCGUGACCACCUGCCUUGCCACACUUUCCACACAAUGAAGUACCACAUUAAUCACCACAGUACUGGGAUCUGCAGCAAUACUGCAGUUUUUAUUUGGGGAGAAACCUCCUGCAAAAUACAAGUCUGGGUUCUCUGUGCUGACUCAGAAGCGUCUGACCACUGUUGUUAGCCAUUCGUCCUGUUCUUACCUGCUGUGGUAACGACCGACUGAGAAAGAAAGCUUCCUUCAUUGUCUAAUUCUUUACGAAUCGCUUUACCAUGAAGCCUGCGUUUUAUAUGAUUUUACUUCUUAAUACAAGCCUAGUUUGACCUUUUGGAAGUUCCAGAAAACUCCUCCUACCUGAUGAAGGGUAGAAUUAAUUUCCCCGUUGUGUUCUUCUUCAUAUUGCACUCCUCUUCCUUUCCAUGACAAGGGCUAUUUCCCCUGCUGCAUGUGUACAAAUGACAAAACAUGAAUGUGAUUAUAAUCGUGUUUGUUUUUUUUUCCUCCUUUUUCCUGCUCUGUCUGGACCAGAACUCAUCUCAUCUGUGCUGAUCGGAGUUCACUUGGAUGAAACGUAUGAAAAGUGUUCUCCUUUCUGCACCGUUUCCAUGUCGUGUUUAGUUCAGCCGAGGAGCCGCUGUGGGAGAACGCACCUCAACCAAAUGUGGAGUCUGGGCACAAAGCUCGACCGGUUGACGUCCGUGGUCCAUGCAGUGGUGCGUGUCCCACAGUGAGGACAGGCUGAGUCAUAUUGGGGCUAACGCAUGUGUGCAGCGUCUUCCCUCUGACCUGUAUCGAGUGUUUCAUGAGCCUCUUUCCUUACGUUUGCAAAUCGGGCUGUAAAAUUCAACUUAAAUCAGAUUUUUUUGUUUCAGGAUGUCGGGAAUGUUGCGUUCUCUCACGGUUCCAGCUCGCGAAGCAGAUCCAUAUCGUGUGUUAUACGGCCUACUGUACGUCCAUUAGCACUACAUGCUGCUGCUAACUGCCUCCCCGAAGUGAGAGCAGAUGGUCUAUUAUCCCCCUUAUUGAUUUUCAGGCUCUCCUGCUCAGAGUGCUAGCCAUGACGUUAGCAUGGAUUCCGUCUCGCUCGUUUUCAGUAAUGCUCAUCAACACAUUACGCUGGUGCAGGUCCGUCGUUAGCGGCUCCGUUUUAUUGUUUGAAUUCAGCCGGUGGAUAUCAACGACUGGGAACACGUGUCUGAGGUCUUUUUUUAUGGUACAGAACAUGCUGGUCUUCUCUUCUUUCAUUCCCGUUCACCGAUCAUCAUGCGAGUGUUUUGGAAAUCGUUGUUAAUUUAUUUUCUGUAUCUCUAACUUUACCACAGGACACUGGGAUUGUAACCACGGCAUCGUUUUGUUUUUUUUUAUUUAUUCUCUAAUCAUGUGUCUGCAUAUUUUUCUUCCUUUGUACACAUUUUAUGACUUUAUUUUUAUAACUGAUAUGUUUUUCUUUUGUUUAUUCGUGAUUGUUGUUUUUUGGUCAUAAAUCUCAUGGUACCGUAGAUUUUGCCGCCCGUUAGAGAUGAUUAGUUGGUGAUUUUAGUGCUCUGGCUGAAGCAGCAGGACGACCUGUGGAAGACACUAUUGCUAAUUUUUUUUUUUUUCAUACUGUGAAUUAUCAUUAUUCUUAUUCUGUGGGAGAGAAGCGGUGGUUUUAGUGCAACCUCAGAACAGGCUAAGUGUUGUGCUUUGAGUCAGAUUUUUUUUUUUUUUUAAAGUGAUCGAGCAAUGAUUUUUGCUUGCCAGAUAAAUCCUAUGGUAUAGAUUUGUAAUAAAGAUUGUCAGUAUUUUCAUAUCGAUGCUAUAUAUGAUGUACAUUUUUAUCAACAUUAAAUGACAAAUGUUUUAAGACUGGAAAUGUAUGAAUACAUAGACGAACACCUGUAACUGCUGAUUGGAGGAGCUGGAUAAAAUAAACUAAUAUGUAGCAAUAA